AUGUCAAUGGGUGACAUGUUGAGACUCACUUUGGCCUUAUGUGUUUUAACCUGUGUGUUUUUGACAUGUUCAGCUCAAACAUGUAAAAACCAAACAUUCUCAAACAACAAAGUAUUCACAACUUGUCGCGAUCUUCCGCAAUUAACCUCGUAUCUCCACUGGUCAUACGAUCAAGCCAGUGGCAAACUAGAGAUAGCAUUCAGACAUGGCGGAAUCACUUCGACAAAUACGUGGGUUGCUUGGGCUAUCAAUCCCAGCAACACGCUCGACCCGGCCAUGCUUGGAGCUCAAGCUUUGGUUGCUAUUCCACAAUCUAACGGAAGCCCAAAAGCAUAUACUUCAUCCAUUACAAGCACAAGCACAUCGUUGCAAGAAGGAUCAAUUAGUUAUCCUACUUCUGGUUUAUCUGCGACGUAUCAGAAUAAUGAGGUUACUAUUUUUGCGACUUUGACUCUUCCAAAUGGUACUACCUCGUUGGUUCAUGUAUGGCAAGACGGGUUUUUAUCUUCUUCUGGUUCGACUCCUCAAGAACAUAGUCAUGAAUCUUCCCACCAAAACUCUAAAGAAGUCUUGGAUCUUGUUUCUGGUACCUCUCAAACUGUAAGCGGAAUCGGUUCACGUCAAAGAAGAAGAAAUACUCACGGAGUACUAAAUGCAAUAAGCUGGGGAAUCUUGAUGCCAACAGGUGCAGUAAUAGCAAGAUAUUUGAAGGUAUUCAAAUCAGCAGACCCGGCAUGGUUUUAUCUUCACAUAACAUGUCAAGUUUCAGCUUACAUAAUUGGAUUAUCUGGAUUUGGAACUGGUCUCAAACUAGGUCAUGAAUCAGAGGGUAUUACAUACGACACACACAGAGCAAUUGCGAUUGUUCUUGUAACGUUCGCGACUCUUCAAGUAUUUGCUCUGUUUUUGAGGCCAAACAAAGACCAUAAAUUUAGACUCUACUGGAAUAUCUACCACCAUGUGAUUGGAUACGCAACCAUAAGCCUUAGCAUUGUGAAUGUUUUUAAAGGCUUUGAAGCUUUAGGAGAUUCUGUAGGGGAUCGUUACAAGAACUGGAAACAUGCUUACAUUGGAAUUAUCGGUGCUUUGGGGGGUAUUGCUGUCUUUUUAGAAGCUUACACUUGGAUGAUAUGUCUGAAGAGGAAGCAAGUAGAGAACAAAACUUCAAAUGGUGUUAAUGGUGCUAAUGGAUAUGGACCAUAUGGUUCUUCUACCCUCUAG